AUGUUUGGCCUUGUGCCAUCCCUGGUCGGCUUGGCAUCCGUACAACUUGCCUGCGCUGUCUCACCGCAGACGUACACGUGGAAAAAUGUCAAGAUCGGUGGCGGAGGUGGUUUCGUUCCUGAUAUUGUGUUCAACCCCAAAGAAAAGGGCCUUGCUUACGCUCGCACUGAUAUCGGCGGCGCGUACAAGCUCAACUCGGAUGAUACAUGGACACCACUUCUCGACUUUGCUAGCGAUUCGACGUGGAACUACUGGGGCGUGGAUGCUCUUGCCACGGACCCUGUAACGCCCGCAAAUCUAUACCUGGCCACUGGUAUGUACACCAAUAGUUGGGACCCAAACGAUGGUCAAAUCAUGAUCUCCAAGGACUACGGUUCAACCUGGACAACGUCGAAACUGCCUUUCAAAGUUGGCGGUAACAUGCCAGGGCGCGGGGUGGGUGAGCGUCUGGUCGUGGACCCGAAUAAGAACAGCAUUCUCUUCUUCGGAGCCCGCAGCGGUCAUGGUCUCUGGAAGUCCACGGACUCCGGUGUGACUUGGACGCAAGUGACGACUCUUCCCAACAAAGGGACCUACGUACCGGACGCCUCUGACACCAGUGGCUACAACUCAGACCCUAUAGGUGUUGCAUGGGUCACGUUCGACUCGACAUCCGGGUCCUCCGGUACUGCAACCCCUCGAAUCUUCGUCGGAGUCGUUUCCAACGGUACCGAUAACGUCUUCGUGUCCAACGACUCUGGGAGCACCUGGUCCGCGAUUGCCGGACAACAGACGACGUUCUUCCCUCAUAAAGGCGCACUCUCUCCUAGCGAAAAGUCUCUGUACAUCAGCUAUUCUGACGGAGCUGGUCCCUACGAUGGCACCAACGGUGCAGUGUACAAGUACAACAUCACUUCAGGCGCUUUGACCAACAUCACUCCCGUCUCUGGCAGUGACUUGUACUUCGGCUUCGGAGGUGUCGCCGUAGAUCUGCAGAAGCCCGGGACAGUUAUGGUUGCGGCGUUGAACUCGUGGUGGCCCGACGGUCAAAUCUUCCGAUCAACGGAUGGCGGCGCUACAUGGUCCCCACUCUGGGCAUGGGCUUCAUCAGGGUACCCGAACAUCGACAAGUUCUACGCGUUCGAUGACACGCUUGCCCCAUGGAUAGGCCCGGAUGCAACUACGACCGAACUUGGCACAUUGCAAAUCGGUUGGAUGAUGGAGGGCCUCUCUAUAGAUCCUUUCGAUUCCAACCAUUGGCUGUAUGGCACUGGAGAGACCAUUCUCGGUGGCCACGACCUCCUCAACUGGGACUCGAAGCAUAACGUGACGCUCAAGAGCUUGGCCGAUGGCAUCGAGGAAGAGAGCGUUCAAGCACUUCUCUCCCCGCCAACGGGACCGAUCCUCAUAUCCGCGGUUGGCGACGACGGCGGGUUUGUGCAUACCGAUCUUUCGAAGGCACCCGCGCAAGAGUUCCAGAAUCCCGUAUGGGCCACAACUGCUGACAUCGACUAUGCUGGAAACAACCCUACGGACAUCGUCAGAGUUGGCACAGCUACGGAUGGGAGCAGCUUGCAGGUCGCGGUAUCAACUGACUCAGGCAACACCUGGAAUCAGGACUACGGUAUCGCAACAGGUGUCGCUUUGGCUAAGGUGGCUUACAGCGCAAAUGCCGACACCAUCCUGGUGCGCACACAGGCCGGCGACAUCCAAAGGUCCCAGUACCAGUCAAGCUUCUCCACGGUCUCGAGCUUGCCGUCAGGAAGCGUGUUUGCCUCUGACAAGCUGGACAACUCGAUCUUCUACGGCGCCUCUGGGGCCAAGUUUUACGUGUCUACUGACGGCGGCGCCACCUUCACCGCGAAGGGUGCGCUUGGCUCCUCAACGGCGCCUGUCAAGAUCGUCGUCAACCCCGCGCAGACCGGCGACGUGUGGGUGUCCACCGACAAGGGUCUUUUCCAUUCGACCGAUACAGGCGUCACCUUCACAGCGAUCUCUGGCAUCAGCCAAGCGUGGGGCCUCGGCCUUGGAAAGGCAGCAUCUACGGGCGGUUAUCCUGCCAUCUUUGUAGCAGCGAACUUGGGUUCCGUCGGCUACUUCCGUAGCGAUGAUGAGGGGCUUAACUGGGUGCAGAUCAACGAUGCCGCACAUGGCUUCGGUUCAGCCGCCGCCAAUGUUGUCGCUGGUGACCCCCGCAUAUACGGCCGGGUGUACAUAGGUACCAAUGGUCGCGGUAUUUUCUACGGCGAUGCAUCAGGAUCUGCCCCGUCUCCGACUGCUACCACGUCUCUCGCAGCAUCGUCGACGAAGGCUGCGACGACCACGUCUAAAGCCGCGACGACGACCCAGGCGGCAACCACGACCACAUCAAAGGCCGCAUCGAGCACAACGACCAAAGCCUCCUCUACGACCACGAGCAGUGCAUCGACGGCCACUCAAUCAGCUUACGGUCAAUGUGGAGGUACGGGGUGGACCGGGGCGACCGCAUGCGUCUCUGGCUACAAGUGCACUGUUCAAAACGCGUUCUACUCUCAAUGCGUCCCGGCCUAG